AUGAAGAAGCGUAUCUCCAAGGUCACGACGCGCAAGAAGACCAUCGAAGCCAAUAUUUCUUCCGCGUACACCGCCGCCAAGAACCAACUCCUACGCGAGAAGAAGGCCAUCAGUGACGCCCUUGUCCUUAUCCACGACUCGUCUGCCAAGGCUUGGGUCUCUCUUGCCUCCACUCACAAGAGCUUUGCCGAGCUCGUGGACACCGAGUCCCCCAUCGAGGGCCCGCUUCAUGAAGCCACCACCGGUACUGUUACCGCCGCCCGUCAGUUCCAUGGAGACGCAAGCGCCGAACCCUCCAUUGGUGACAAUACCGCUAAAAUGCUGGGACAUAUCAAGGCCUACUUGGCCGAGAUCGAGUCUGUCGAGGCUGACUUUAAGAAGGUCGAGACUCUGUACACUGAGACGCAACGCUAUGAGAAGAAAGUUGGCAAGUUGUCGUCCAAGGAAAAGGAUGGCAAGGCUGUUAGGAAGAAGCGCAACCUGGACAAGCUGGAAGGCGCCAGAUCGGCGCAGCAAAGCGCAAUCGAUGGGAGUCUGGAGCGCAUGGGUAAAACGUCGGCCAAGUUUGAGGCUGUGAUGCAGUGUUCCCAAACGGCUUUCUGGCUUCGUCAGGAUAAAUUAGUGAAAUCGCUGGUGGCGCUGACCCAGUCCGCGAGGACAGCGGCUGAGGAUGUGAGCGAGGAGAUGGCCAAGCUGGACAUUACUAUGCCGGAGAUCAAGUACCUGUCGAAGGCGGUGGACAAUGCUGUCGCUACAAUGUCGGCAGGUGAUGAUGUUGUCACCAAGGUGCCGGAGAGCACGGCAGAGUCGCCGAAGCCAGUUGCUGCUUGAUUUGAACGGUAUAACCUGUCAAAACGAAUGUUGACGUAUCAGCAGGUUGGAUGUGCCAGGGGUUCGAGUGGAGUCUAGUGCUUUUUCUGUUUUUUUCGAUGGUAUGAUGAGUGUUGAUUGAGAAAGGGAGCUGAUACCGUACUGUAAGGUCAAGUUGCGAAUGUCUUUUUAUUUUCCGGAAGAAGCGUUUCAUAUGAUAAACAUUGAGAGUGGUUGUUAAUGUAA